AUGCCUCGGGUAGCUCAGGUUCCUCGCGCCAGCGUCAGCAGUCGAACAACAACUGGUUCAUCCGGAUCUCCUUUCAAAUCCCCAUUAAAGAUCCCUCUCAACGACGACGCACGCGAGAGAAAGGGGCGACUUCACUCAAGGCGAGCCCUUCACGAAAGACAGAUUAACGACCUGCAGGCCGCUGCGGCGACGCCUGCGAAGAAAAGGCUGGCUGAUAUCGAUAAUGGGUCUCCCCGCUCGAAUCCGCGCACGCCGCGACGCGCUGGGGAUGACGACGACGAUGUCUAUGUGGCCGGCACCAACAGCGGCGUGACGCCUAUGAAGCGCAUGCCUAUCUUGGCCAAUUUCGAAGAAUGGAUGAAGAUGGCCACCGACAAUAAGAUCAAUGCCACCAAUUCUUGGAAUUUCGCCCUUAUCGACUACUUCCACGAUAUGUCACUGCUAAAGGAUGGAGACGGUGUCAAUUUCCAGAGAGCCAGUUGCACCCUAGACGGUUGUGUCAAGAUCUAUACGAGCAGAGUCGACAGUGUAGCCACAGAAACAGGCAAACUACUCAGCGGCCUCGCAGAUAGUAAUUCCAAGAAGAAAGAUAGGGAAGGCGAUCAAGAUGGCGAGGAUAGCGAAGAGGAGGUCGACGAAGAUGGGAACGUAAUUAAGAAGAAAACGAAGAAGAGACAACGGUCCUCAGAAGCAACUCUCGUACCAUCCUUCGCUUCCUUACAGCUCAAGAAGUUCGAGCUUGAAUUCGGAGUGGACCCCUUAUUCAAGAAAGCUUCAGCAGAUUUUGACGAAGGUGGUGCUAAAGGUCUCCUACUAAAUCACCUUAUGAUCGACGGCCAAGGUCGCAUUGUAUUCGAUAGCAGUGAUGACACCAACGAUGCUUCUGCAAAGGGUAGUAAGCCUCGACGGAGAGAAGAUGCCGCAGCAGACGAAGAGGACGAAGAAGCAGACGACCAGUCGGAGGCAACUAUCACAGAGGAGCAACCUGCUCAAGAAGAAGAUGACGUAGAGAUCGACAUUAGCGCUCUCGGUGCCAAAUUCUUCCCAGACCUUAGCAGGUUAGACGAACAAGAUAUCUGCCCCUCGUUGAAGACUUUCGAACUCGGCAAUCCGUCAGGUUCUAUGGAAUUACCCUUCCUACGCGCCUCGGAGAAUGACGACGACGACACAGACCUUAGUGGAACCAAUGUUGGCGGUGACAAAUCCGGCAUGUUCAUCGAUGAUGACAAUCCUGCUGCCUUUGAUGACAUGACGGCCAUGGGAGGUUUCGAUAUUGCCGAAGUCGCGUUCGGCGAAGGUGGCGAGGCAUGGGCGCGGGAAGCUGCCCUGGAACCUCAGAUGCGACCUUAUAACGUGGACGCUGAUGAUGGUAUGCCUGGCAUAGACGGAGCUGACGGCGUCGAGGAGAACAACGGCGACUACAUCAUCUCUAUGAAGCACGCCAAGAGCGGAGAUAAGAUGCACGAGGAUAUCCUAGGCUACUUCGACCAAGCUCUUCAGAAGAACUGGGCCGGCCCGGAACACUGGAGGAUACGGAAAAUCAAGGAUGCCAAUAAACCCGAGACGACUACUCGUCAACGAAAGGAGAAAGAGCCUUUCGAGAUAGACUUUAAAUCUCCUCUGGACCAGAAAUUAGCCGAUACCAUCUUCACGCAGGCGGCGAGUAACUCUGCUAUAUCUAUGCCUAAGAAAGACUGGAAAUCCAAGACGCGGAACCUGCUGCCGGAUGAUAAGCAUUUCAACUCGACGCAGCUGCUAAGCCUAUUCCUAAAACCAAAGGCCCGGAUGAGUCGCCGCAACCGCUUCGGCAACAAGGGCGGCCUGUUCGGAAGCAGCGGCGGCAGCGGCCAGGACAUGAACGUGGCGCCGGGCGACAUGAACGAGGCCUUCUGGGCGCAGAGGGAGCCGCAGCAGAGCGCGGAGCAGGACACGGUCCUGCCCACGGGCGACUACGACGCGAACUUCUUCGACGACGAGAUGCCGCUGCCCGGCGGCGGCAUGUUGGACGACGACGACGACCUCGAGUUCGCCGACGCGAGGGACCACUUCUCACCAGGCGCCGACGUCCCCGUCACCCAGGACAUCGGCAUCACGGGCAUGCUGGACAACGGCAUGACGACCGGCGGGUUCGGGACGCAACUGGUCACGUCGACGCGGAGACUACGGCCCGAGUACGUGCAGUACGCGCGCGUGGCGAAGAAGGUGGACGUGCGUCGGCUGAAGGAGGAGCUCUGGAAGGGAAUAGGAUUCCCCGAGACUCCGGUGGACCCCGACCGUUCAAGACUGCCCACACCCCCGAGCCCGGAGAAGGCCAAGGAGGUGCCGACGCUCAAGUUCACGGAGGUCAUGAACGAUUUGCAGACCGUGUACCCCAAGACGACCAUGGACGACAUCUCGACGAGCUUCUGCUUCAUCUGCCUGCUGCACCUGGCCAACGAGAAGGGUCUCGUCAUCGACAAUACGCCCGAGCUGCUCGAACUUGAGAUCCGGAAGGAUUGGACGGCCGAGGUUACUGGCGAGAUCUGA